UCCCGCCGCUGUCCCGCCACUGAAUGGGUCCUUUGUGGGGUGUGGGGGGGCAUUCCAAAGGGAAUACCUGCCCACAGGAACUCCCAAGAGCGAGAGCACUAGAGGCGGACGAAGAAGGGGGGGCAGGAGCUUCAGUUUACCACCCAGAGCAUGUUGCAGGCAGUCAGCGAGUGGCUGUGGUGGGAGCGUCUGUGGCUGCCAGCGAAGGUCUCAUGGGCGGACCUAGACGACCGCGAGGGUCGCGUCUACGCCAAAGCCUCGCAACUUUACGCAGUGCUGCCCUACGCCGUCUGCCUUCUGCUGGUCAGGUUCCUCUUUGAGAGAUCUGUGGCCUCGCCGCUAGCUGACGUUUGGGGCGUUAAAGAUCGGAUACGUCACCAUGUGGAACAAAAUGCCAUCCUGGAGAACUACUUCUGCAAACGAGCGCAUGUUCCGUCACAGGCGGACGUGAGGAGUCUUUGUAAGAAGACCAGCUGGCCAGAGCACAAAGUUGAAGUCUGGUUCAGGAGGAGGAGGAACCAAGAACGUCCUGGUCUUCGGAAGAGAUUCUGCGAGGCCAGUUGGAGAUGUGUGUUCUAUUUUUUUGCAUUUGUAGGGGGAGUCCUCGCCCUCCAUGACAAACCCUGGUUGUACAACAUCAAGGAGGUGUGGGCAGGUUUCCCUAAGCAGUCUCUGCUGCCAUCCCAGUACUGGUAUUACUUCCUGGAAAUGGGCUUCUACCUUUCACUCCUCCUCAGCCUCACCUUUGACGUGAAACGGAAGGACUUCAAGGAGCAGGUGAUCCAUCACAUCGCUACACUAACUCUCCUGGCCUUCUCCUGGAUCUCCAACUACAUCCGAGUCGGCACCAUCGUCAUGGCGCUGCACGACUCUGCGGACAUCCUGCUGGAGGGCGCGAAGGUGCUGAACUACGCCAGGUGGCGUCAGACCGCCAACGCCAUGUUCGUGGUCUUCACCUUGCUCUUCACGCUGACCAGACUGGUGCUCUUCCCUCUCUGGGUGAUCCACUGCACGUGUGUGUACCCGCUGGAGAGGUUCGCUCCCUUCUUCGGCUACUACUUCUUCAACGCCAUGCUGAUGGUGCUGCUGGUGCUCCACCUCUACUGGGCCGUCCUCAUAUACAAAAUGCUCUACAAGUGUGUCUUCACCAAGCUGCAAGGCGACGACAGGAGCGAUGAAGAGGAGGACGACAGCGACUCGCCAAAGGAGACGAGCUACACAUGCCGUCACGUUAACGGCGUGGGGGUCCGAGGGCGGGCCAGCGGUCAUUGAUGACCUCAAUCCGAAGUGAACGUUCUCUUGGAAGGACUCCCGCUGGACUCUCUGGGAUGUUUUUGUACGGGAAAACGCGAUUUUCGUCAAAGAACUGAAGGACGAGCCAUGACAUGAUAUGAAGCAACAUGUUAGCGACGCUUGAUAGAUGCUGACCUUUUAAGGACCCAAGUUGUCACUGACGAUAUCAACCAGGGGUGUCCAAAGUGCGGCCCGAAGCAAUUUUUUAAAAAUGUAUUUAAAAAAUACUUUUAUAAAAAUUGGAAUUGAAGAACAGGUAACGAGAAAAUGUUGCAAUAUUGACGCUAAUAAAACAUAGCUGGCAUGAGUGUGAAUGUUGUCUAUCUGUGUUGACUUGUCCAGGGUGUACGCCGCCUUCCGCCCGAAUGCAGCUGAGAUAGGCUCCAGCACCCCCGCGACCUCAAAAAGGGACAAGCGGUAGAAAAUGGAUGGAUGGAUGGAUGCCAUGUAGGCCCUUUUUUAUUUUAAAACUGCCAUUGUAAAAAAAAAAAAAAAAAUUAUAAUCAACGGAUAGAUCUGAAGUUGAUCUCGAUCAGUGAUUCUCAAACUGGUAGUGAUACGCCAAAUAAUUACUUAAGUGAUUAGUGUUUAUUUUCCUAUAUUCAAACGCAGUGUUACUGUUUAAACGGCGUGUAAUGCCAAUAAUAUCAAAUAUACUUGUUAAAUAAAACCUCUGCCUUGUUUUUAAUGAACAAGUAGGCCUACUACGCGACCGUAUUUUAAUGUUGGUCAUUAUGGUGGUACUUGGCGAGCCAGGUGUUUUCGAAGGUGGUACCUGGUAAAAAAAAAAAAAAAAGCUUUAGUAACCACUGAUCUACAGAUGUAAGCAUAAAUAAGUCAUACAUCAGGAUUAUUUUUAAUACUUUCUUGAGUGAGGUCUUUCGGAUGUCCAAGACCUUGAGUCUAUUUUUUUAACGUGUCAUUGUUCAAAAAAUAAUAAUGCAUCAAAAGAAAUGUUAUUAUGAAUUAUUUAUCUAUAUAGGGCUGCAAUU